CUGAAUAUUUUGUUCUGCAAACCGAUGUUUGAAAGAUCAAUCUUUGCCCCGCGCUCAAUUUUUAUAAACACGAUUGACGACAUUUGUUUUUGAAAUCUUUCACGUUCUGAGUCGCGCGUAACUUCCUGUAUUUUAAACACGUGCGUAUGAACCAGUUGGCCCUGUCGCGUAAACCUUUGAUAGUACUAACCGGUGUGUUUCCCGAAAUUAAUCCGAUCAACGGAAUGCUCACGCACGUCCGGUGCGUCACGUCAAUCAGGCGGUUCGUUUCAUCAUCCAUCCCCACCAUCUCUCCGCUGGCGUGUACGCCAGAUACUCCGCUACUCUUCUCUGUCUUCCCCAGUUCGCUGUGCUCUUUCCCGAUACCUUUCUCUCUCCCUCCUGCUGGCGCGCGUUUGGUCGAGUUGACCGAAUGUUAGCCGGUUGACACAGUCGACCGGCAGCUCUCAUCGGAUCUUGUUAAGUGACUCGCCCUUCUUCCGGGAUCCUCCAAAUGUCUCGGGAAUACUUGAGCAUACGUUCGCUCGAGAUCACGAGACAGUUGCUGACGGAUCGAUCUUUGCGGAGCGGAUUUCUCCGACCGACUUGACCCAGGAUCGAUCUUGAGGAUCCAGCGCAUCGCUGAUGCAGAGUAGACACGUGAAACAGCCGAGAUGACGGCAAAAAAGGAGCAUCUUGUAAUUAUGGUAUUCCGUCGAUUAUCGGAGCCGCCCCACGAAUUAAUAAAUUGAACACGGAAGAACGGCGAGUUAUCCGCGAGGGAUUCAGAGAGACGCAAACGCGUGCAUCAGCGAUGAUUGAGAAUUGAUUCGGCGAUCAUCACCGUGUCGAAAGUGAAACUUGUCAUCAAUUCGACUACGUAGAACUGUCACUGAUCCGAUAAAGAUCCGACAAAGAGCUAUUGGCGAUCUCCUACAAUUGGAACAAAAUUAUAAAAUAAUUAGAUUUUUGUUUUGAUCAGAAAAAAAUGUACUGCAUACUGCAUAUCUAUAGAAAAGAAAAAAUAUGAGACCAUUCGAAUUGAAAUGGAUUUUUCAUCGAGAGACACGGAUUCGGAGAAUUCGAACUUUUAGAGAAACUGAGAAAACUGAGACACGCACCAGAUAAAGGUGUGUUAACGCGUGUUUUUUUUUUUUUUUUUUUUUUUUAAUUACGAAGAGGGUAAUUACAAGAAAAAACUUCGUGACCAUCUUGUAGGAAGAGGAUAUAUAAGUCACAACGUGUACAAAUUCUUAACGAUAAAUCCAGGGAUAUAGAACGUGGAACAUUGAGUUCCCUAUCUACUAUCAGAAACGAGAUAAAAAAGAAAUAAAGAAGAUAAAGUAAUAAAUUAAAAAGAAACACGGUAGAGACUCGCUCGUUACUCGACUUUCUUUUUCGCGAGAGAGCACCAAGAUGAAUAGUACGCAAGAAAACGAACUCUGGGUAUUUGGAUAUGGGUCACUCUGCUGGUAUCCCGGUUUCUCAUAUACCAGAAGCACAACCGGCUACGUGAAGGGCUUCAGCAGGCGGUUCUGGCAGGGCAACAUCACGCAUCGCGGAACGGCCGAAAAGCCUGCACGAGUCGCCACCCUAAUCGAGGACAAAGAGGCUGUAGUUUACGGACGAGCGUUUCAGCUUGAAGACAGCGCGGCGUUAUCCUAUUUGGAAAACCGCGAGUGCUCCUUAGGAGGAUACCUGACGACCAUCGCGACAUUUCACAGCCGGGACGGGGACAAGCAAUUCCCCGUAGUAAUUUACAUCGCCACCAACAAGAACGAGCAGUGGCUCGGCGAGGCAUCGUUGCAGACUAUAGCGCGUCAAAUUACUGAAUGUUCCGGUCCGAGCGGACAUAACGUCGAAUACCUCUUACGCUUGGCGGAGUUCAUGCACCGUUACUUGCCGGAGGCGCACGACGAGCAUCUCUUCACGCUAGAAAUGCUGGUGCGCUCGCAAAUAAAGGAGGAGAGCAUGUGCUUGGCGACGCUGAUGGGAAAUCGCAACUUCGUCGUCGACCUCGACGUCGAGGACGCGGAAUCGGCCGUUCAAGCGGAAGAAAUUAACGGGCGACCCCGCGAGAGCUCCUUCCAAUUCAGCGCGCGGAUCCCGUCCAAGAGCUUGCGUUGCGUAAAAAUGUAGCCAAUUGGUCAAUUAGACAUAGCUGUAUUUUUCAACUUCAAUCGCAGAUUGAACGCGUGAUAGAAAAUGAAGGGAGCGGCAGCUUAUUUUCUUAGGAAAUAGCGCAACUCGAGUAUGAACUUUGUGUGAUGAGAAUGUAUGAAAGCGUGAAUUAUAAUAGCGAGAUCACAUUCUCAUAGGGAUAUUGACUGAAUCCUAAAUUAGAAAAGCAUGUAGUUGAAGAGAAGCGUGUAAAGAAAAGAAGCUACAGUCUAAAUUUAAAUUUAAAAAGUUGCAAAUUUUUUUGAGAAUACGAUCUCACUGCUGGUAUGUAUCUCCCUUAGAAGGUGUUUGUGAGAUGGCUGUGUUAAUUUUGUAACGCGCACAACGUGCUGGACACGUGCACACCUAGAUUGAAUUUCUUCGCUAUUUUAUAACACUAUUACUCUUUAUUACGUAUUAUUUUUAAUAUAAGAGGGCGCUAUCUCUUCUGAUAUUUUAAUACACUAAUUGUGAGAGUUGUAGUCGCGGAGUCACGGAUAAAGAUAAAGAAAUAGCCCUUUCUUUAAAGUCGUGAAAAUUCCCAACGUCUAAGGCGUGACGAAAGGAAAAAACGUUUGUGUAUGUUUAUGUGUGAAACAUUUACGGCAGAGACCGUUUAUGUUUUAAAACGGUACGUUUUGGUAUUACGAAUUUUUAACCUGCUUAUACAUCGGUUAAUUUAAAUAUAUAUUGACAUAUUUCCA